AGCCCGGCCGUUGACCGCCCAAAACCCUAACCAAGGUCUGGAAGAGCGCUGCUAUACCCGCCUAAAAAAAAAAAAAAACAUCGGCGUCUCUCACUCAGAGAAAAUCAAUGGCGUCUGGGAGCUUGAAGAGGAACUACCACUGCGUGCCUUCUCUCCAGCAGUUCUACACGGGUGGCCCCUUCGCCGUCUCCUCCGACGGCUCGUUUCUAACGUGCGCCUGCGACGACAAGAUAAAGAUCGUGGACUCGUCGAACGCGUCGAUAAGGGCGACCCUGGAAGCGGACACUGAGUCAGUCACCGCGUUGGCUCUGAGUCCCGACGAUAAGCUCCUCUUCUCCGCCAGCCAUAGCAGGCUUAUUAGGGUUUGGGAUCUCUCCUCUCUCAAAUGCCUGCGUUCUUGGAAGGGGCAUGAGGGUCCUGUGAUGGGCAUGGCCUGUCAUUCUUCCGGGGGCUUGCUUGCUACUGCAGGAGCUGAUAGGAAAGUUCUUGUUUGGGAUGUUGAUGGAGGCUUCUGUACACAUUACUUGAAAGGUCACAAGGGAGUCAUAACGAGCAUCAUGUUCCAUCCUGAUCCAAACUGCCUAUUUCUGUUCUCUGGAAGUGAUGAUGCAACUGUUAGAGUUUGGGAUCUUUCUACUAAAAAGUGCAUGGCGGUGCUAGAAAAGCAUUUCUCGGCAGUUACUUCUUUGGCACUAUCUGAAGAUGGAUGGACCUUGCUUAGUGCUGGAAGAGAUAAGGUUGUAAAUUUAUGGGACCUUCAUAGCUACAGCUUCAAGAUGACUGUGCCAACAUAUGAAGUGCUUGAAACCGUUUGUGUUAUUCACAAUGGAACUGGCUUUUCUGCUUGUUUGAACAAGCACAAUGGGAAGAAGAAGAAAACUGGCUCACCACCGGUGUGCUUUUUGACUACAGGAGAGCGUGGUAUUGUACGAAUUUGGAGCUCUGAAGGUGCAGUCUGCAUAUAUGAGCAACGAUAUACAGAUGCCACUGUUAGUUCGGAUGAGGAUGAUGUCAGACGGGGUUUCACAUCAGCUGUUAUAUUACCUUCGGAUCAAGGAUUGCUCUGUGUCACAGCUGAUCAGCAGUUUCUAUUCUAUUGUCCAGCAGAGUCUCUUGAGGGGUCAUUUCACUUAAAUCUAAACAAACGGCUUGUUGGUUACAAUGAAGAGAUUGUGGAUCUUAAGUUUUUGGGUGAGGAGGAACAAUUUCUUGCCGUAGCUACAAACUUGGAACAGGUGCGAGUGUAUGACCUUGCAUCCAUGUCAUGUUCCUAUGUAUUGGCAGGGCACGCAGACAUCGUUCUAUGCCUUGACACAUGUGUCUUAAGUUCUGGGAAGACACUUAUUGUAACUGGAAGCAAGGACAAUACUGUUAGAGUAUGGGAAGAUAACAACAGAUGCUCCAUAGGUGUUGGUACUGGCCAUAUGGGAGCCGUUGGAGCUGUGGCUUUUUCAAAGAAGCGGAAGAGUUUUUUUGUCAGUGGUAGCUAUGAUCGUACCCUUAAGGUAUGGAGUUUGGAUGGUCUCUUAGAGAAUGGUAGUGAAGUCAUUAAUCUGAAAGUCAAAGCAGUUGUUGCGGCUCAUGAUAAAGAUAUUAAUUCUCUUGCUGUGGCGCCAAAUGAUAAUCUUGUUUGCAGUGGUUCCCAGGAUCGUACUGCCUGCAUAUGGAGGCUUCCAGAUUUAGUAUCAGUUGUAGUACUUAGAGGGCACAAAAGGGGGAUUUGGUCCGUAGAAUUCUCUCCUGUGGAUCAGUGCGUGAUAACUUCUUCCGGUGAUAGAACAAUAAAAAUAUGGGCCAUAUCUGAUGGUUCGUGCUUAAAAACAUUCGAAGGCCAUACAUCAAGUGUACUGCGAGCCUCUUUCCUUACUCGCGGCACCCAGUUUGUUUCUUGUGGUGCUGAUGGCUUGGUAAAGCUAUGGACAAUCAAAACAAAUGAAUGUAUUGCAACCUAUGAUGAGCAUGAGGCCAAGGUUUGGGCAUUAGCUGUCGGGAAAAAGACAGAAAUGCUUGCAACUGGUGGUGGUGAUGCUGUUGUCAAUUUGUGGCAUGACUGCACUGCUGCAGAUAAGGAGGAAGCUUUUCGUAGAGAAGAGGAAGGGGUUCUGAAAGGUCAAGAGAUGGAAAAUGCUGUAUCAGUGGCUGAUUAUACCAAAGCAAUUCAACUUGCAUUCGAACUUCGCAGACCCCACAAACUCUUCGAUUUAUUUGCAGAGCUUUGCAGGGAGAGAGAAGCUGAGGAUCAAAUAGAGAAAGCUCUCCAUGUCCUUGGGAAAGAAGAGAUCCAUCUGCUUUUUGAAUAUGUUCGAGAGUGGAAUACGAAGCCAAAGCUUGCUCAUGUUGCGCAAUUUGUGCUUUUCCAGGUUUUCAACAUCCUUCCUCCCACUGAGAUUAUUGAGAUAAAAGGCAUUAGUGAGCUCCUUGAAGGUCUCAUACCCUACUCACAGAGGCAUUUCAGCAGGAUAGACAGGCUUCUACGAAGCACCUUUUUAUUGGACUACACUCUGACCGGAAUGUCUGUUAUUGAUCCUGAAACUGACUCCUUAGAGUCCAAAGAUGGAUCCAUGUUGCACUCAGAUGAUGUGCAAGCAAGCAUGCCAUUCUCGGCUGAAAUUGAUGGCAGGGAGCAGAAUCAGGGUUCGACUGAGGUAAGGGAAGAGAAGGUUUCCUCAAAGAAACGAAAAUCAAGCAAAUCGAGAAGCGGGGCAAAGAAAUUCAAGGAGACCAAAUACGUGGAUGGAUCGGCUGUUGCACUACAGGCCUAACCCAAUUCAUUACUUCUAAUCUGGUCAGGAUCCAGGUUGGUCAUCAAGUGGGUCACGGCAUAGAUUCCCUGGGCCAAAAAUAGAUGGUUAAAAGAUUUUGACUCGAUCCUGUCUGUGGCCCGCCACCACCCAAAUUUUCGCUCAGGAAUCUACAUGGUGCGGCUCCCGUGAGGCUCUGAUCGCCCGCGUUUGCACAUGGAGUAUGAGGGCACUUCUGACUUGCCUGUUUGGAUCCCCAUUUGCCCAAAGCUGCGGGCAUGUAGCAUCUAGUUGAUUGGCCCAAAUGAAGGGCAAAAAUACCAUGUCCCAUCUCCACCAUUUUCGAAGGUAAUAUAUGAUGCUCCUCCGCAAGGGGGUUAAAUGGCUGUCAGGGUUCAGUGAUCUGAACCGUUGAUAUCAGGCUCCAGUUUGGAUGGUACCUUUACCGAAAGUGUCCAAGACUGGAAGAAUUCUAUGUUGCAUUGUAUGUUGAACGUUGUUUUCUGUUUUACCUCAUCUCUGGCUGCAGCCUGAUGAGCACUACAGAUCCCCUGCAAGGGGGAGCUGCAGGAAGAUUCCUGUCAGUUCCUGCAGCCCCCUGACGUAGUGCGAUGAAAAAGUGUUCACUUGUAUCCAUCAAACCAACAGUUGAUAAAUCCUUAUUUCGCACUUGAAUGUUCCUAAUCUAUUCAUUAAUCAA